AUGAAAAUCUAUCACGUUCCUUCUCUGCAAGACAAUUAUUCCUACUUAAUCGUUGACGAGAGCACGAAAGAAGGUGCUGUGGUAGACCCUGUAGAACCUGAGAAGGUUAUCAAAGCUGCCAAUUCGCAUGGGGUCAAUCUCAAGCUCGUUCUCACCACACAUCAUCAUGGGGAUCAUGCUCGCGGAAAUGAAAAGAUAAAGCAAUUGGUGCCUGGAAUUAGAGUCUAUGGUGGUUCGAUGGAUAACGUCAAGGGUUGCACUGAUAAGGUUGAAAAUGGGGGUAAGGUGUCCCUUGGGGCUGAUAUUAAUAUAUUGUCUCUUCACACACCUUGCCACACCAAAGGUCACAUAAGCUAUUAUGUUACUGGCAAAGAGGAGGAGCAACCAGCUGUUUUUACUGGAGAUACACUAUUUAUUGCUGGUUGUGGGAAAUUUUUUAAAGGAACUGCAGAACAGAUGUAUCAAUCACUUUGUGUAACAUUAGGUUCAUUGCCAAAGCCAACCCGAGUUUAUUGUGGACAUGAGUACGCAGUGAAGAACUUGCAAUUUGCUAUGACAAUUGAGCCAGAUAACUUGAAGAUACAGAAGAAAUUAACAUGGGCUCAGAAUCAGAACCAUGCUGGCCAACCUACAACUCCCUCCACCAUUGAGGAAGAGAUGGAAACCAACCCAUUUAUGAGGGUUGGCCUACCUGAGAUUCAGGAGAAAGUAGGGUGCAAGUCUCCCGUUGAAGCUUUGAGAGAGUUACGGAAGCUGAAAGACAAGUGGAUGGGGUAA